AUGUUAAGAAAUCUAAGUUUAAAUAGGGCCACGGUGGCCCAUCGCUGCUUUUUGGCUCGUACUUUAACGGCCAGUUUUGUUACGAAGACCCCCAUAAACGGAAAGCCUCUGCAGAUGGCUCCCAUGCAUUCGAGUAUACCGGUGGAGGAGAUCGUGAAGCCUGCGGCUGUAGACCAUUUGAAAAAUCUAUCCGCUCAAGAGCUAGUCUCACUUGGUGUGAUUGGCUUUGCAACCAUUAACAAGCCCAUGCUGGACUUGGUAUUGAAGGUUUUUCCAUUCGUUCCCGUGUGGGUGAUGAAAUUACUAGUUUCUUCGCUGUACUGUGGGGGUGACAACUUCAAAGAGGUUCGGGAAACUGGUGAGAGACUGAGGGUUAGAGGCAUCAAGAAUAUGAUGCUGUCUCUGACCAUUGAGGACGCUGAGGGAACGAAGAACAUAGAUAUUAACCACAUUGUCUCGGAAACUAUUGCUUCGAUACACCAGAUUUUGAAGCCCCAUUUGCAAAAGCAGUUGGAUGGUGCCGCCGACGUUAAUACUAUCCCACCGGGAUACAUAGCGUUGAAGCCCUCGGCCUUGGUAAAAAACCCAUCCGAAACUUUGUUGCACUUCAACGAUCCAGCAUACCAACACCAGCGCGACGCCCUCGUCAACAACUGUACUGCAAUCACCCAGGAAAUUUUUAAUCUAAACCAGGAAUUUUCCAAACUGUAUCCGCAGCGGAAGGCGCCAUUUUUUGUAUCAGUCAUUGAUGCCGAGAAGUACGCUUUACAGAAGAGUGGCGUCUACGAGUUGCAGCGAACUCUUUUUCAAAAAUUUAACCCCAAGUCCUCCAAGAUGGUGUCUUGUGUAGGGACUUGGCAACUCUAUCUACAAGACUCAGGUGCGGACUUAAUGAAAGAUUAUGAGCGGGCGGAAAAGGAAGAGUACAAGCUGGGCUUAAAGAUCGUUCGUGGCGCAUACAUCCACUCAGAGCCUCGUCGUGACGCUAUUAUUUACCCAAAUCAGGCCGGUACUGAUGCUAAUUUUAAUGCUGUCAUGUCAAAAGUAAUCUGCGAUCUUCUAUCAAAGGGUGAAAAAUCGAUCUUCGGACAUUUAGUAAUCGCUUCUCACAACUACCAGUCCCAAAAAUUGGCUACGGAGAUGCUCAAGGGACAUGAGAACAACCUUGGGAAAUCUAAUGUGGUUUUGGGCCAAUUGUUAGGAAUGGCGGACAACAUUACGCACGAUUUGAUUGUUAACCACAACGCCCAGAACUUAAUAAAGUACGUUCCAUGGGGCCCUCCAGUUGAGACCAAGGACUACCUCUUAAGGCGUCUACAGGAGAAUGGUGACGCUGUAAGAGCGGACAAUGGGUUCCCAUUAGUGAUCGCCGUUGGAAAAGCCCUAUGGAGGUCCAUCUCUCAAAGAUCAAGCACGGCAUAA